UUGGUGAAUCGACACACGCAAUUAAAAAAAAAAUCAUAACUUCUAUAUGUGGUUGUAUCAACUUUACUACAAAAACAAGACCGGUUGUGCCAUUUACAGAAAUGCAACGACUUGUUUAAUCAGUGAAAGUUGGGUUGUCAAUGCUCAGUGAAUAACAACAGUUUGCUGACACCAAAGUAUUGGUAGCAAACACGUAGAAGAGCGUCUUUUUUAUAUCUGACUAGAGGAGAAAAGACUACAAUUAUGCAAGCAUUCAUUUGAGGGGGGGGGGAGUAGCAUGAUUUAACACCGCUAUUCAGAAAUAAAAAAAAAAAGCUGAUGUCAUCAUUUUUUUUUUUUGUUGAGAAAAUAUGGAGGUGCCUUGCGGGUUGAUUUUAAGACAAAAAAUAAUCUAUAAACUGGCUUUAUAUUAUCCCGUUAACAGAUUCCCCCCUCACUCCCUUCUCUCUAUUUUUUUAAAAGUUUCAAUAUGAGUUUGAUUAGCAGUGUCUCAGGUUUCGCCGCCUUUGGUGUUCUUGUUCGUACAUACGCUCUUGGUCUUCAAAAGCGUCCAAUUUUCUCCAAUCCUAGUAGCCAUGCUCUCGCCGCUGGUGUUUUUGGAUCAGUCGGUUAUUUCCUUUACAAUGUCCAAGAAAGACAAACAGCUGCCAUUGCUGCCAAGAAAGAAGUCAUGAUUAAGAACAGAGCACGCGCAGAAGAACUUGCAACACAAUAAAUUAUCGAAAAGAAUCAAAAGCCCCUUUUGCCUAGAAAUCACUAGAUAAUUUAAAAAUUGACAAUAACCGGAAUAAAAAAUGACAGUAUAUAUGUAAACCAACAAAUAUGCAACAAUCAACAAAGCGUUUAUAUACUUUUUUUUUUUUCUAUUCUA